AUGGAAGAUACGAAUUUGGAACGCACCGGCAGCCUAGUCUGCACGAGCAAGGCUGGCGGCGAAUGCCAAUGCUCGAUGCAGGCAGACGACUCCACCACCAGCAUCGAGGAAUACAACCUUGCAAGCUUUCCUCCCAUGUCCGGCCGAUGCCGGCGGCGUUCGUUUUGCCCUGGCGCGCCUCCUCUAGCCAAGCCUGGCUGUUGCGCUAAGAACGAGGCUGUCGACGGACGGAGCCAAUAA